AAGGAAACACCGGUUUUUAGAAAAGUAAGCACGUGUAAAGGCGUAUUGAUAUAGGCAACUUUGUAUACAUCAUGACGUUUGUGACACUGACAGCUGUGGCAUGGAAUCAAAAUCGAUUCAAAUUAAUAUUUACAAGCAGGCGCAAAGUGCAGUUUGGUGCAGCGCGUGCAGCGAUUGGUAAGCUAGGACGGCAGGAAAGUGGCAACAAAGUUUGUUGACUCUCGCGCAGCAGCAGCAGCGGGGGCCCGACUUGCUCAAGCACUACGCUUGUGUAAGUUACCUGCUCGUCUAUGACGUAAAAGCAGGUCUCCCCUUUCCUGCGCACGUCCACAAGCGACAACCAACAGCAACAAGAGCUAGAAAAAACAAAACACGAUCACACACACAACACACAAACACAUAUAGAAUACAUGCAGUUGUGUAGGCAUAGUCACUGCUUCCACAACCACAAGCCAACAGUAGUUGUGUUUGCUAGUAUAGUACUGAUAGCAGGACGAGUACAAAGCGUAGGCGCGCUGUAGGCUGAUAAACAAGUUGUAAUUGUAUCCAACGUGCGAAAGAUUUCUGUACUCCGUGUGUGAUUGCGAAAUAUUCAUCGUCCUCGCAAUGUUUCGCUUUCUAAAGUCUGCACCAGUGCCGCCAGCGAGCAGGUAAUAUCAGGAGGUGAUUGAAAAGUAGUGCCAAAAGGCUUCAGUGGGUAAAGUCCGUGACGAUGAUGGCGAGACGCGCGGCAUUGAUGAACGCGUCCAUGGAGACGGCCUCCAAUGAUCCUCUACGUGAAUUAUUCGAGGCUUGCAAGACGGGGGACAUCGCCAGGGUGAGGAAAUUGAUUACUCCGCAGACAGUCAAUGCCAGAGACACUGCUGGACGUAAAUCUACACCACUACAUUUUGCAGCAGGUUAUGGAAGAAAAGACGUUGUAGAGUUUCUCCUGUCUACAAGCGCUUCAAUUCAAGCUAGAGAUGAUGGAGGUCUUCAUCCACUGCACAAUGCAUGUUCUUUUGGUCAUGCGGACGUGGUGCGUCUCUUGUUGGAAGCUGGCGCGAAUCCCAACACAAGAGAUAAUUGGAAUUAUACUCCAUUGCAUGAAGCAGCUAUCAAAGGAAAGAUAGAUGUUUGCAUUGCGUUAUUACAACAUGGCGCCGAUGUAAAUAUCCGCAACUCCGAAGGUAAAACACCCUCGGAAGUGGCUGAUAUGACUACAAAACCGGUGUUAACCGGUGAAUAUCACAAGGAUGAGUUGUUGGACGCUGCGAGGUCAGGUGACGAAGAGCGUUUGUUGUCGUUGCUGACGCCGUUGAAUGUCAACUGUCAUGCGGAUGAUGGGAGGCGGUCGACACCGCUGCAUUUGGCUGCUGGGUACAAUCGGAGUCGGGUUGUGGAUAUUUUGUUGCAUCAUGGAGCUGAUGUACAUGCUAAAGACAAAGGUGGUUUGGUCCCAUUACACAACGCCUGUUCUUACGGUCACUUCGAAGUGACUGAAAUGUUAAUCAAACACGGCGCGAACGUCAACGCCAACGACCUCUGGGCCUUCACUCCCCUACACGAAGCAGCAUCAAAAAGCCGCGUGGAAGUCUGCUCUCUUCUCCUCAGCGAAGGCGCGGAUCCCACACAACUCAACUGCCAUUCAAAGAGUGCAAUAGAUGUCGCACCAACACGAGAACUACAAGAAAGACUCACAUAUGAAUAUAAAGGACACUGUCUGCUGGAAGCAGCCCGCCAGGCAGACACGACCAAAAUCAAAAAGUAUCUCUCCCAGGACGCGCUCAACUUCAAACAUCCCUACACCGGCGACACUGCCCUCCACUGCGUGAUCACAUCGAUGUACCCCAAACGUAAACAGGUUCUCGAGUUGUUGAUUCGUAAAGGUAUAAAUCUCAAGAAAAACAAGGAGUUUCUCACCGCGUUGCACUUGGCAAGCGAUCAAAGUCAUUAUGAUUUGAUGGAUUUACUUCUCCGACACGGCGCGAAGGUGAAUUCUUUAGACGGUGUUGGACAAACGGCUUUACACCGCGCUGCAAAGGAAGAUAAUGUACAAUCAUGUCGUAUUUUAAUGUCUUACAACAUAGACGUCAGUUUAGUAAGUCUACACGGUUACACAGCAGCGCAGGUUGCGUCUGAGAAUGUUUUAAAAAUCCUGCAAGAUCCACCCGCGGGUAGCGCUGACGUCGAGUGUCAACUUCUCGAAGCUGCCAAGGCUGGCGACUUGGAACAAGUCCAGCGUUUGUUAGGCACAUAUCCACACAUCGUGAAUUGUCGCGAUUUGGACGGGCGACACUCGACGCCAUUGCACUUCGCUUCGGGUUAUAAUCGUGUAUCGGUGGUUGAAUACCUCCUGCAAUCCGGUGCGGAUGUACAUGCGAAGGAUAAAGGUGGGUUGGUACCACUGCACAACGCAUGCAGUUAUGGACAUUAUGAAGUCACGGAAUUGUUGGUCAAACAUGGCGCUAGUGUGAAUGUAGCUGAUUUGUGGAAGUUUACGCCGUUGCAUGAGGCUGCAGCGAAGGGGAAGUAUGAGAUUGUUAAGCUGCUGCUUAAACAUGGCGCUGAUCCGAGUAAGAAGAAUCGUGAUGGUGCGACGCCAUUGGAUUUGACACGGGAUGGUGAUCAGGAUGUGGCGGAUUUAUUGCGGGGGAAUGCCGCGUUGCUUGAUGCAGCGAAGAAAGGGAAUCUUACACGUGUGCAGAGGCUUGUCACGCCGGAGAAUAUUAAUUGCAGAGAUGCACAGGGGAGGAAUUCGACGCCAUUACAUCUAGCAGCUGGUUAUAAUAAUGUGGAAGUAGCUGAAUUUUUAUUGGAUCAUGGCGCUGAUGUCAACGCGCAGGACAAAGGCGGUUUGAUCCCGCUGCACAAUGCAUCUAGCUAUGGACAUUUGGACAUUGCUGCUUUGUUGAUUAAAUUCAACACUGUAGUCAACGCUACGGACAAGUGGGGCUUCACACCGCUGCAUGAAGCCGCACAGAAAGGCCGCACGCAAUUAUGCGCACUAUUAUUGGCUCAUGGUGCUGAUCCAUUCCUCAAAAACCAAGAAUCUCAAUCGCCUGUUGAUCUCGCCUCGGCCGAAGAUGUCCGAUCUUUACUGCAGGACGCAAUGGCGUCGCAACAAUUGGUACCAACUUCCUCCGCGCCUAAUUCUCGCCCGCCUAGCGUCGCGCAAAACCCUGUCCCGCCUGUCAACUCAACGGAAACAGUUGUUAUGCCUUCAGGCGCUUCUAUGACGCUUUCUGUUCCGGUACCCACGCGUGCUAGUAUGUCCAUGUCUGUACCGGAAGGUUGUGCCAAAGCAGAUGGCGCUGAAGCCGGUAGUAUUGUCAAUGUGAACGCGUUCUUAGCGUCCAUGCAACUAGAGCAUUUACUCGAAUUAUUCGAGCGUGAACAGAUCACGCUUGAUAUUCUCGCGGAAAUGGGUCAUGAGGAUCUUAAACAAGUCGGGGUUACUGCGUAUGGGUUUAGGCAUAAACUCAUCAAAGGUAUGGAGAAGUUGGUUUCGAGUUAUGGCGGAAUGUGGUCCACUCCGUUGAAUCCCGGAACUUUAUUGGUGGAUUUACUAGCGGAUGAUAAGGAGUUUGUUGCCGUGGAGGAAGAAAUGCAGAACAGUAUUAGAGAGCAUCGGGAUAAUGGACAUGCGGGUGGGAUUUUCAUGCGGUAUAAUAUUGUGAGAAUACAAAAAGUACAAAAUCGUAAGUUAUGGGAGCGGUAUCGUCACAGACGCUCGGAAGUAGCGGAAGAGAAUAAUAAUCAACCGAAUGAGCGAAUGUUGUUUCAUGGCUCGCCGUUUAUCAACGCCAUUGUGCAGAAAGGCUUCGACGAGCGUCAUGCGUACAUUGGCGGUAUGUUUGGCGCUGGCAUUUACUUCGCUGAGCACUCAUCGAAGAGUAAUCAGUAUGUAUAUGGCAUCGGUGGUGGCACAGGAUGUCCACUACAUAAAGAUCGCUCAUGUUACAUUUGUCACAGGCAUUUAUUACUCUGUCGAGUAACGCUUGGAAAAAGUUUCCUGCAAUUCAGCGCGAUGAAGAUGGCGCAUGCGCCACCCGGCCAUCAUUCCGUAGCUGGCCGACCAUCCGCCGGCGGUCUCAACUUCCCCGAAUAUGUAGUGUAUCGCGGCGAGCAAGCGUACCCCGAGUAUUUCAUAACCUAUCAAAUCGUGAAACCCGAAGACUGCUCGAGCAGCACCGAUUCGGAUGUUAGAUGAUUCCGUCGGGAGUGCGAGGCGCGCUGGCUGCGACCGCAUGCAUCGCGCGUCUCCGCCGUUGGUGGUGUCGCUGCGUCCGCCACCGCAGCCGGUACGCCAUGGUGCGGUGUGCUGUGUAAUGUCCUGCGGUGUAUCAUGCCGGCGCGCACGAAAUGCAGCUGCCAUGAUGAACAUUGUAAAUAAUCGCGCAUGCGCCGUGUAUUAUUAUUGGGUAAGAGUCACACUUUCUCGUUAUCGUCUGUGUGUUGUGUCCAAUGUGAGGUUAGGGUUUGUUGUUUGGCUUUCUUUUUUAUUGUAUGUACGGAAAUAAUGUGAUAUUCAUAGGAAACGAGCACGAAUCAUCCGAGAUUAAACGUAUUUCGAAAACGAA